GUGGGCCCGCACACUGGCCCAGCUGAUGGCCAAGAGUAAGCCGCAGGACACCUGGGAGCUGGUCCCUGACGAGAACUUGGCCUUUGGGCAUGUGGACGGCGGAGGUUUCCAGUACCGGCUGAGGGGGCUUUCAAGAUGCCUUCUUUUCGUCCUCUCACCGGUAUCCACAGGCCUGUCUUUGUUUUUUGCUGACAUUUCCUCAAGACACUGAAGCUCCAAGUCAUAAUAUGACAGAAAUGCAGUAGCUCGCAGCCCCAAGCUCCAGUGCGGCCGCUGCCAGUGGGGCUGGUCCUCGGCCCACGUGCACAUCCUCUUCCAUGUGUGGUGGGACGAAGACAACCACUUGGGGCUGGUGAAGAUGCGUGUGUGGGGCCAGGGCUGUCAGGUGUGCCCGCGGGACGCCCGGGGACACUGCCAGGUGAGCCUCCUGAACGUGCGGCUCUUCCUGCACAAGCUGGUCCUGUUUGUCCUGCACAAUUGCUACCGUGAGGGCCUCAGCUCUGACCAGUGCCCCGAGAUCUGCUUCGGGGACCAGUGUGAGGCCUGUGAGCUGGGGGUCUGCUUCUUCCAGAAGCCCCCAGACCCUGCUUGGGGCCCUGAAGUUAGGAGCUGCAGCCCUAGCCAGGACUCUGUGUGCGGCAGUGGCCCUGUGGUCCUCCGUGCCCGGGGCCGCACCCCCAGCUGCAGCACCGUGCCCCCUGCCAUGCCCGACGUCAUCAGAAGCCCCCUCUCUGAGAGCAACCAGUUCUUCAGCGAGGACAUCGACAUUGUCACCGUCCCCUUCUCCCUCGUGCGCACACGCAGUGACAGGGGACUUCUAGGCCCUGGGCAGGGUGCCCGGGGACCGCUUAUCAUUGACAGAGGUUCCAUCUACCUGCCUGCCAGCGUCACAGCCACGUCCAAGGGCAGGGGCGUCCUGGUGAACAUCAAGGCCCCCGUCCUCCACGGCAAGGGCCGCCUGCUCAGCAGCACCAAGCCCUUCCAGGUCACAGGCUUCAUCUACAAAGGCCACGGCUCUGUGUCCUGCCCGGCUGGCACGCACAGGAAGGGUCCGGGCACGGUCUCCGGCAGCAGCGGCCGACCAGCUGGAGAGGACUUCCUGCCUGUGUCCUAUAUCAUUGGCCUCACAGAAGAUGGUGAUGGCUCCCUCACUUUCCCCUCGUCCUUAGCCCACGUCAUCCCAGGCCAGGGCCACCCCUCUGACGUCAACGGCUCCCUCACCUUCCCCUUCAUCUUCACUGAUGGGCACUGGGGACAGGGUGGCAGUGGCCUCAUCCGGGUGGGACCAGAGCCCAGCCCCAGCUCCAAGUGCAAGGGCUCCCUGACCAUCCCCCUGUCGGUGCUCAGCAUCAUAAAGCGGGGGGGGCUGCAUGCCAGUGGCUGCUGCAGGAGCAGGAGGCACAGGCGCCCCAGGGCCCACAGGGAGCAGGGUUCCUGCUGGGGGCCGUACUUGGACCCCUAUGAGGAGGUUUGGAUCUGGGUGUGCAUGGCGGCCUUCAUUCUCUGGGUAAUAUACCUGUGUACCUUCAGCCCUGACAACUCCCAGCAGCGACUGUGAGGGUGACCCUCCCUGUGUGGUCCCCACGCACCACUCUCGCUGGGCCGCCCACACGGUGGUGCAUGCAGCCUGACUGUCCUCUCUGGCAAGACUGCCCUGCCCUCCCUAAGCGGAGGCCUCUGCUUCCACCUCUCGCUUCUGUGUCUGCUCUCCUGAGGAGACUGCAGACGUCCACGUGAGAUUAUUCCCCCAGCUGUCCCUGGUGUGCAGGCGUGUUUGUGUGAGUCUUACACUCCAAUAAAGUAAAAAUUUAAGA